UGGACAUCUGUGAAAAAUAAGGCAAUCAUGUAGUAUAGUCAAACUACUUUUGUUGAUAAAAUUACCAAAUUGCCGCCAACAAAGACUGCUUGCAUGUUUUCUAAUGGAUCUAAAGUCGACUGCUGGGAAAUUGUUUUUGUAUCGUUAGGUUUCUCUCUGUCUGUCUGAGGCUGAGCUGUAAAUCUCUAACGCACCCACACGAAUUUUGGUAGCCUUCUCUUUUUCAUCAUCAUCCCCCUCCAAUCAUUUCUCUGCUACCAGAAAGCUUAUUGAUAUUUGAAGAAGGAGAAGAAGAUCCAUCAGAAAGAGAGGAGACAGGGAGAUAGCACUUGCUAGCUAGCUAGAUAUCAUCAAUCAUUAUCUACUAUUAUCCAUCAGCGUGCUUAACAAAGUAAAGAAUUUACCUAUGGCACCAUUUGCAGGGACAACCCAGAAGUGUAAGUCAUGUGAGAAGACUGUAUACUUUGUGGAUCAACUCACUGCUGAUGACAAAGUCUAUCACAAGGCUUGUUUUAGAUGCCACCACUGCAAGGGUACCCUAAAGUUGAGCAACUACUCAUCCUUUGAAGGCGUUUUAUAUUGCAAGCCUCACUUCGAUCAACUUUUAAAGAUGACAGGCAGCUUGGAUAAAAGCUUCAAAGGGACUUCAAAAACUGUUAGAGUUGACCGGUCUGCCGAUCAGGUCCAGAGCAACAGCAAAGUUUCAAGUAUGUUUGCCGGAACUCAGGAGAAAUGUGUUGCUUGCAAGAAAACUGUUUACCCAAUCGAAAGGGUGGCAGUUGAUGGAACAUCGUAUCAUAAGGCUUGUUUCAGAUGCGCUCAUGGAGGCUGUGUCAUCAGCCCAUCAAACUUCGUAGCCCAUGAGCAUCGUCUGUAUUGCAGGCACCAUCAUAAUCAGCUCUUCAAGCAGAAGGGAAACUUCAGCCAACUAGACAAGCAUGAACAUGUUACACCAGUGAAGGAGACUGCAGCUGCUGAAUGACACUGCAUAAUUUUGUAUAAAAUCUAUAAGUGUGUGACAACUGAAAAAGUCUUAUUUCCAAGAAAAGCUAUUAUAAAGUGAGCGAAGAGCUAUUAUGAACUUGUAGCGUGAUAUGAAGAAAGCAGUGUUUAGUUGCGGAGUUCCAGCUUGUCGCUGUACCGUUUUGAGUGAGAUUUUUGAAGUGUUUAAUAAGUUGAGAUGUAUUAUAGCUCUUUUAUUUACAAACUACUUAUAUUCAUGUUGAAGCUUAUUUCUAUUUCUAUGAAUGCAGUGUCUUGCCUCGA